AUGCGAUGGACAGCUCGCUCGUACGCAGCCAAGGCAGGCCAAGCAUCCCAGCCCAAGGAACCCUCCCUCGACAUCGACCGAGACCCAACAGUGCGGCUCGCGCAGCUGCGUAUGGCGAAGCGCGAGCGUCUACUUGCAUCAGCCGACACCGCCGACAGCGCUGAAGUCGGCAAGCAGCUCAAGGAGCUCGAUCCUUUGCGGCAAGCAUGGGAAGCAUUCUCCGUCAAACGCAAGCAGCUCAUCAGCACGAUAUCGAUGAGCCAGAAUGAUCCGGACGAGGACAUGCGUGCGCUCGCAUUCGAAGAGGUGCCUCUGCUGGAGGAAGAGCUCUCGGACUUGCGGUCGGAUAUGGAGAAGAUCGUUCUGGAAUCUGUCACCGAUGCGAUCGAGGCGCAGGCAGUGGGGGCGGUGGUGGAAGUGCGUCCGGGUGUGGGCGGUCAAGAAUCGACCCUGUUCACUGCAGAAGUGACUCGCAUGUACGAGCGCUUCUGCGAACAGAAACCAGUGGAAGAGGAUGGCUCCGGCGAGUGGCAGGUCGAGAUGCUGUCAAGUACCAGCGUCGACGUCUCGACGUCCUCAUCAGGAUCUGGCUCCGGUCUGAAGGAAGCCAUCAUCGAAGUCAAGGGCAAAGGCGCGUUCCAGAAGCUCAAGUUCGAGGCAGGCGUACAUCGUGUACAGCGCAUCCCAGCAACGCAGAGUCUCGGCAAGCUCCAAACCUCGACAAUCGCGGUGAUGGUGCUUCCCAUCUCGGAAGGGUCCGAGAACAAGGCGGACGAUCUCGUCGACCCCAAGGAUGUCAAGGUCGAGGUGAUGCGAUCGAGAGGCGCAGGAGGUCAGCACGUCAACAAGACCGAAUCGGCGAUUCGAUUGACGCACGAGCCGACGGGCAUCUCCGUGUCGAUGCAGGACAGCCGUUCGCAGCAUCAGAACCGCACCAAGGCAUGGGCGGUGUUGCGUGCGAGAUUGCUGGAUCGUAGGCUGAAGCAAGAGGUCGAAGGCAACCGAGAGCGUAGGCUUGCUCAGGUCGCAAGUAUGGAUCGAAGCGAUCGCGUUCGCACGUACAACUUCCCGCAAGAUCGCGUUACGGAUCAUCGCAUCAACCUCAGCUUGAACGGCAUUGACGCCAUCAUGGAGGGCGAGCAUGAUGCUGGUACUGGUCUGGACUACAUCAUGGACAGUCUGCGCGUCGAGAGCGAAUCGAGAAAGAUCAAGGCGCUGCUGGAGAACGAGGAGGCCGAAGCUGCGGAAGCCACGUCGUCGCAGCCUGGCAAAGGCCGCAAAUGA